AUGUACCACCUCGCCAAAGGCCUGUAUCUCUAUGCGACCAGCAAGCACGAAUACUCCGUCAUCCUGCUUGGCCUCGACAACGCUGGCAAGACCACAUUCCACGAGCAAGUCAAGUCCCUCUUUCGCGGACCCGACGCACCGCCUCCGAAUCUCCGCACCGUCCCAACCGUGGGCCAAAAUGUAUCGACCAUUACACUGCCGGACAUGUACCUGAAGCUAUGGGACGUGGGUGGGCAGAUGUCGUUGCGCAACCUGUGGCAGAGCUACUAUUCGAGCUGCCACGCGAUCGUCUUCAUAAUCGACUCAACAGACGUCGGCGACGGCAACAUUGAGAGUGGCGAAGGGCGACUGGACGAGUGCAGGGCGGUCCUGGAAGAUGUCCUGCAGCAUUCGGAUACAGAGGGCGUCCCACUCCUCAUAUUGGCGAACAAGCAAGACAGGGAAGACUGCGUGGAAACGAUACGGAUCAAGGAAGGUCUCGUGAAGAAGGUCAUGGAGGGAGAGAAAGGCGCCAGCAUUCGCGACUCGAGGGUUCUCAGCAUGAGUGCGCUGACAGGCGACGGCGUCAAAGAGGCCAUAGAGUGGGUGCGGACAAGAGUCCAGUGGAAUAAAGAGUCACGACCGCCUGUGAUGCGGUGA